UGCACUUGUCGUCGUUUUAUCGUCGUUUUCUAUUUAUUUUCUUCUUGAAAUAUCCCCCUUUGCGUAAACACGCGAUGGAAAACAACUCAACGGGGAAGUGAAAUUACAAAUAUCGAAGUACGCAUUGCAGUUAUUAAGAGAAUCGAUCGAUCAAUAAUUUACAUAAUUAUAUAGCUCGCGAGUUAGAAGGGAAAGUCUCCGAUAUAAUCAUCUUCGUGGAGGGUAAGAAAUGUCGACGUUCUAUAAUCUUCAGUAUUAUGGAAAACUUGGCAAAGGGAAGAGUUACUGUGUCAAAGACAACAUAGUAUCCCAAUCAUUCUCAUAUCCCAGUCAUUUUUAUUUUAUUAUUACGAGGCUAGCGUGCCCGAGUCAUUGUAUGUGACACUGUGUCAUUGUAUCAUCCCCAACGAAAGAAUAACGUGAUCGUCUUGGUAUUAUACGAAUGAAAACGGAUCCUCGAACGAAACGCAACAGAAAAUCGAUACACAACACAGUCGUUUGUGUCUAUUUUGGUAAGGAAAAUUUUCCAGCCGCCCAAUACGAAAGUACAGGAAAUUUUGACGGAUACGGACGAUGCGUAUACUGCGAAGGAUAUUCAUACUUAUGACAAUAUGCGGUUGCUCGCGGCCAUCAUCUUGGACGUCGCCGAGCAAGAAAUUCUUGUACAAUAUUUAUACGGUUCUCGUGUUUUUGGUCAUGCAGACUCUCGUAAUAACUCUCAUUUUGGACCUGGUUUUCAAUGUCGAUAAUCAGGAUGAUUUUGGCGACAACUUCUACAUCACGUUGCCGAUGCUCGUCACCUGCCUUAAAAUGUGUAUUAUGUUAUUCACUCGAGGGAAUAUUAAAUUCUUAGCCGAUACACUCGAAGAGGAGCCAUUUCUACCAGUGGGCGUCGACGAAAUUGAAAUUCAAACGAAAUUCCACAAAAUAUCAGAAUGGAACACAAUGGCCUAUACAAUAAUAAUCGAAUCCUGUAUAAUAUGGAUGUUUGUAACGUCGCUUCUCGUAGAAUUCGAGAACAAGAACUUAACGUUUCGCGCCUGGUUACCCUUCAACUAUUCCACGCCGCUAUUGUUUAGCUUAGCCUACGGUCAUCAAGCCCUAAGUUCUACGAUCUGCAUUCUAUCAAACGUUGCGUGUGACAGUCUGUUCAGUGGUCUAUUGAUUCACAUUUACUGUCAAUUCGAGAUACUCGGUCACCGUCUGCAAACUACUCAAAGUGACGAGAUCGAUUCAGUGAAACAGUGUGCUCGUCAUCAUAGUCAUAUAUACAAAUUCGCUAAAAUGGUAAACGAAGAAUUCAAGGUAAUCGUGUGUAUUCAGUUUCUGGCGAGUACGAUGACUGUGUGCUUCGAUCUUUAUCGAUUGACGCAGACAAAUUUGGGCUCGAAAACCGCGGAAAUAAUGAUGUACGCUUCGUGCACGCUUGUGCAGCUCUAUUACUACUGUUGGUACGGGAAUGAAGUGAAACUCAAGAGUCUCGACGUUCCUAACAUGGUAUUUGAGAGUAACUGGACGUCUUUUAACGACAGUACUAAGAAGAUUCUGUUAAUGAUCAUGAGACGUGGAACGGUGCCUGUCGAACUUGUUAGUGUUUAUCUGGUUUCUGUAAAUCUCGAAACAUUCAAAGCAAUACUCAAGAGCUCCUACUCGGCGUACACUUUGCUUCAACAAAGUCAGUGAAUAAAUAUGGAUUCAAUCUUCUUGUGGCAUAUAAUCUUGGAGUAUACAUAAAUGAGAAAUAAGUAAAUCACUUAAUUGGGGAGCCUCGGA